UCAUUGCACCUUCUCCAGGACUCAUCCCGAUGUUCUCCAUGUGCAGAGGAGGCUCUGAUGAGCUGCUCUCCUGGUGUUCCAUCAUCCCUUCUCCCUCCCACAUCUCCCACCCGGGAUUUGUGUCCAUAAGAAUGGGAAUACUGGAUCAAAUACCCUUGGAAGAGCAGCAGCUCGGGGCUGUCCACGUCCCAGGGGAUUCCAGGGUGCUGCUCCCAGGCACGGGGAUCCCGGGGGAUUCUGGUGUUCCCCAGCUGCUCUCCCUGGGAUUCCUUCCCCAGGGAUUCCUUUGCUUUUCCAUUGUGGAUGAAGCAAAGAGAAAGGGGAGCUCCUGGCCCCAAAGGGGACAGGAAGAUACUGAAUUUUAGGGAAAUGAGCCCCAGUCACUCAGGGAAUGCAAACUGGGAGAGCGGGAUUCACCCAGUGCAGUCCUUGGUAAAUCCAGGGUUCUUGAAUCCAAGGAGAACCUGGGGAUGGGGUGUUUGGAUGAAUCUGAGCAGGGUGAGAGGGAUUUUAAAAAAAAAAAACAAAAUAAUGUAAAGAAAGCAGGAAAGGAAAGGGGGCUCCUGGUUCUAUUCCCCAGGAGCUGGGAGGAUGCUCUCACUCCCAGUUCGGGAGGAGCAAGACAGGAGUUGUUCCAUCAUGCCAAGAACUGGGAGCAGGCCCAGGGAAGAAGGGGCCAUGGAGGGGGAUCGGCCCUGCCGAGCUCCGGCAUCGCCGCAUCCCCUCCAGGUCCGGGCGAGCUCCUCCCGGCUCCGGGCCAAGGACAACAGCGGCAACUCGAGCCCUUCCCGCGGAACGGGGGGCCCGUGUUUACCCUGGAGCCGGAGCCGGGGGGCCCCGAGCCGAGGGCCGAUCCCGGGCCGGCAGAGAAUUCCCCGCUGUCCCGCUCUCAUGGCGCUGCUGUUGGGAGCGGUGCUGCUGGCGGCGGGCGCCGCGAUCCCGCCGGGAAUGCCGGCCCCCCGCGACCUGGCCCGCUCCGUGCUGGAGACCCACGGGCAGGACCUGCGGCUGCUCAAGCUGCUGGGAGUCACCAGGACGAGCUUCGACUGGGGAACCCACUUCAGCAUCAACUUCACGGCCCGGCAGCCGCCCUGCCCCAAACCCGCCCCGGACCCCCGCGGCUGCCGGGGCCGCCCGGGCAGGGUGCAGCGGUGCUCGGCCCAGGUGUCCGUGUUCACCUUCCUGCCCGACGUGCCGCUGUCGAUGGUGGAAUGUGGCGAGGAGCCGCAGCCCGGUGGCAGCGCCCAACCCCGCUCCCCUGGCAACCCAAAAACCUCCAGCGCCAACCCAGGUCACUCCUCCUCAUCAUCCUCCUCCUCCUCGCGGCCCCCCCCGCGGCCUCGCCCCCCCAGCGCGUCCCCCCGGGGGUCAUCCCGCCGCCCCCCCGGCCCCAACGGAGCUGGAAUAAAGAGAUUUCGGGGUCAGACGUUUGUGUGUGUGGGGCUGACACGGUUUGGGGGGGCCCGGGGGGGCACCCCCGGCGUUGGGAAACAGCCAUGGGGCAAGUUUGGGGUUGUGCAAGCCCGGGGGGCACCAACCCGGCACCGCGGCCCCUGCGCCCCUCCCACAGGGCUCCGGGACCCCCGACCCCCCCAUGGCCAACCAAGGGGCUCCAAGGGAUGGGGACACCCUGGGAGUCCCCGAGGGGGGCGAUGUCACGGCCCAUCCAUUGGGACACCUGGGGCUCCAUGUCCCUCCACCCGUGUCCCCAAAAAACAACGGCCGCCCUGUGGGUUGGGACCAGGUGUUUCCGGAGCGGGGUUGGGGAGAGCCAAGCCCCGGGGAGGGUCCCCGACCUGCCGGGGGGGAUAAAAGUGGCGCCGGGGUGGCCGUGGGGGACAGGGAUGCCGAGCCCGUGGGCGCUGGUGCUGCUGGCGGUGCUGGGGGGGGCCCAUGCCCUCCCCGCCCCGGCCCCCCUCGCCUACACCCAGGCGCUGGCUCAAGCCGUGGACUCCUACAACCAGCGGCCCGAGGUGCAGAACGCCUUCAGGCUGCUCAGCGCCGACCCCGAGCCCGCCCCGGGCGUGGAGCUGAGCUCGCUGCAGGGGCUCAACUUCACCAUGAUGGAGACGGACUGUGCCGCCAGCGCCCGCCGCGACCCCGACGACUGCGACUUCAAGGAGAACGGGGCCAUCAAGGAGUGCUCGGGGCCGGUGCAGCUCCUGCAGAGCUCCCCCGAGUUCGACCUGCGCUGCUUCGACGUCUCCUCCGACCCGGAUCUGAUCCAGCGCGGCCGCUUCGGGCGCUUCCUGGGCAGGGUGCGGCGCUUCCGACCCCGGAUCAGGUUCAACGUCGGCAUCAGGGGCUCCGUGCGCUUGGGCUGAGCAAUAAAGGGCCGGGAGAGGCCGUGUGGGCA